AUGCUACAGCAAAGGUUUCGAGGACACCAAGUAGCUUGUAAGAUGCAUGAUCUUUUGCGGGAGAUUGCUCUGUCUAUAGCAAAAAAAGAAAAGUUUUGCGAUGUACAUGAUGGGAGUGAAACAGUAGAAGAAACAGGGGCACUCCGUUUGUCAAUUCAAACAACUAAUGGAGAAAUUGUAUCAUGCACAGGUAUAUCACGGCCUCGUUCGUUUCUCGUCUUUGCCACUGGCGUAUCCUCAUUCUCUUUCUCAAAUAAAUUACCUUUUGACCUUAAAUUGUUGAAGGUUCUAGAUUUGGAGGAUGUCCCACUUGAUUGUCUGCCAGACAAUCUAACAUCCUUAUUUAAUUUAAAAUAUUUAAAUUUGAGUGGAACUCCAAUUACGGAGCUUCCGGAAUCCAUUGGAAAGCUCCGCAACCUUCAGGCCUUGGACAUCAUGCGGACAAAAAUAGAGGCACUUCCAAGAGGGAUUUCCAAGUUGAUAAACUUGCGCUAUUUAUUUGCGGGCAGGCUCGGAAAGAUAAUUGGGGUAAGAAUGCCAUCAGGUAUUAGUAAGAUGAAGAAAUUGCAAACUUUGACAUAUAUUGAAUCAGAAGGAAACAUUAUUAGACUUAUUGGAAAUAUGACCCAGCUUACGAGACUUGGCAUUUCAAAUGUGAAAGAAAGAGACGAGGAGGACCUAUGUGCCUCAAUUCAAGAGAUGAAGGUCAUUUCCAAGUUGGGUUUAUUGGUAGCUGAUGGAGAGGAAUUUCUUCGAGUUGACGCAUUGUCUUCACCGCCUCCCCACCUUGAUAGUCUUGAAUUGGUCGGCAAAUUGGAAAAGGUACCACAUUGGUUUUGUUCACUCCACUCUCUCACAUAUUUGAAUCUGCGUGGGUCCGAACUUGAAGAAGAUUUACUACCUCAUAUUGAAGCGUUGCCCUCUCUACGUUAUCUUUGGCUUGAUAAUGCCUCUGUUAGGAAAGAGUUAUGUUUCAACAGAGGCUUUGUGAAACUUUGGAAUUUGCAGUUUCGAAAUUUCGCAUUAUUAAAUAAGAUAACUAUAGAAAAAGGGGCGAUGCCAAAUCUCCAGUUCUUAGACAUUCGUAGUUGCAUGACGUUAGAAACAUUGCCACAGGGUAUUGAGCACCUUACUAAACUACAAGGAUACAUAUUUGAUAAUGUUUCAGACAAGUUUAGAGAGUCCGUUGAAGAAGGAGGUGUGGAUCAUGUAAAGAUGCUACUCGUCGACGAGAGAUGUAAGAAAUAUAUGUAA